AUGUCCUGCACCUUGGAAAAGGCCUCGUCGCCGGCAGAGCUGCACUCCCAGCUGAUUGAGGAAAUGGAGAAUGAUCUGAAGAUUUCGCAGGAGAAGCUCAGCGGUUUCGUGGCCGUCAUGGGCAGCACUGAUUUCUUCAACCCGAAGUCAGAGCUCAUUUGCCAGUGCAUCGGCCAAGCCUUGGCCGAGAGCAAGGAAGAGCUCGCACUGAUCACGGGAGGCUUCUGCGGCGUGGAGGCGACCACCUCGCGGGCUUUCUGCGCGGCGCGAAAGGCCAACAAGCGGCCAGAGGCCACGUACAUGGCGCUGCCGAAGUCGGACCCGGAUAUCACGACGCGGUUCAAGGACAAGGCACCUACGAAGGUGACAGCCGACGGCAAGGCUGCGUUCGACAAGUGGGAUUUCGGGACGACGCUGUUUUACGGCAACAGCAACAAGGAGAGGCUCGAGAUCAUGGGGUGCCUCGGGACCUUGAUCUUGAUCGAGGGUGGGCCAGGCGCAACAACUUCGGCCAUGAUGGUCGAGAAGGCAGGGCACGUCGCGAUUCCCGCGCGCGUCACUGGUGGGGCGGCUGGGAACAAGAAGAUUGGUACGAAGAGUCCCAUGAAGGAGUUGCUGGCCGCGAGCUGUUCUGCGCUCUUCUCGGACGAGGCGCGGAGUGCCUUGCAAGACGCCCAGAGUGCUUGGGAGUUGCUGGACCUUGGUGAGGCGGACGACCCCGACAUGUUGGCAGCCGCUGUGGCCAGUAUCGUUGGCACUUUGGCUCAGUACGCGACCCUCUUCAGCGAGUCGUGCCAGCUUCCGACCCAGGUGGGGAGUGAGAAGAAUCGGCCGGAGGGCUUGACGGAGUUGCGUAGCCAGAGUGAGCUCUUGGACUACAUGCAGCAGUUCAACGCCGUGGUCCUUUUCGGGGGCCACGGUUCGGCCGGCCAAUUUGGCGACCUUGUGGAAUGCGACAGGAUCGUGGACGUCGUGGUGCGCAAUCUGGACUCCCUCUUCGGUGCCAACUGGCUGGCGGUCUACGGAGGGGAGCCAUGCCAGGACGACGUCCACACCAUCGCCUACCCAGUCCGCCGCCUGCACACAAAGCACGGCAAGAAAGUCCUCGCGGUGCAGUGCGACUUCUUCGGGAAAGACAUCCUGGCGCCCUCGAGCGUGGAGCGCUUUGAACAUCUCGAGGACGGAGCUUUGCAUCAGUACAAGACGAGGCAGCAUCUGAACAGGAGGACCCAGAAGAAGGAGAUCCAGUUCGGCGGCUACGAUCGGAAGGGGAACCUUAUCGGGGCCUCCCAGGUGUGUUUCUCGCAGAAGCUGCGGGACGCCGGCUUCCCCACGUGCCACGUCCUGAUCGGCGGCGGGCCGAUCUGUGUGGACGAGGCCGACUUCUCCACGAAGCACGGCAUCCCAAUUUUCUAUGCCCGCGCGAGGAAGAAGAUCAUCGACGAGGGCCCGCUGGUCAUUUGCCCUGCGGAGGCUUACGGCCAGAUGGAGUUCUGGGCGAAUCAAGAGGGCAUCCCGCGAGACAUGUGGCAUCCGCACUCGCCUGAGAUUCCGUCAAAGGGUCGUUCUUCCGUGAGCUUGCGAAUCUGA